UUUGGUGAUUUACAUUUGUUUAUCAACGUUAUCAAUGGCGUUAUGCUGAUGCAUUGUGAGGAUGUAAUCAUUUUGAGACGCUGCAUGGCUACAUACAUCUCGAUGGCUGUUCACUUCAACACGUUGUUCGCUAGUCAGGGAUUCUUUUUGAUAAUGCCAACACUGCUACGGUGUUACAGUCAACGACAGACGAAUGCGUUACUUUGUCGAACCAUAGAAUAUGUUUGUAAACAGUUCUAUGUGCUGCAUCGAAAACCGUUCUUCCUGCAGAUGGCUGGCGCUGUAGCGAAUAUUUUGGACACGAACGAUAACGAUUUUGAAGUGAAUCCAAUGAAAGUGAAAGCAAAAUAUUGGUUCAAUUUGUUGAAAAGUAUGGAGGAUAUGGCGAGUUUGGAGGAUCCGUUGGAUAUUCUCGGACUUGUCAAUGAGACGAAACCACUUCGAGCGUUGGAUUUAUGCUAUCGUGAUGAUCCGAAUGCGUUCAGUAUGUUGACAGAUGGCUUGGCCAGUUGUGUCACCGUGUGUGCGUUUGCACCUGACUCAAGGCGUUCCUAUCAAAUGCUUUUGGUAAUGCAAGCAACGUUACCGUACUUUGUGGAAUGGGCGGAGCGGGAAACACUGGCCAAUAAUAACAGUGCUGCGGCCGUAAAGCACGAAAUAACCAUCUACAGUACCCUUUGUGUUGAAAUGAAAGCGCUGGUGAAUUGUUGCGAAAUUUUAGCGAGAGGUCCCACUCGAACAUUCGAUAUAGUAAACAGUGUGAGUGAUCGAGGAAAGUCAUUUAUCGCUGACUCACCACAAUUUUUCGAUCCACCGACGGUGAUCGAAGAUGAGGCGAAGGUGCACCACAAGUUAGCAGCCUUCCCUGAAAGGAAUUCGACAAAAGAGAAGAAAAGUGGCAUUGGAUGGGACAAUACUGCGGGUAAUUCAGAGAUGCAACGUGAAAUGUUUCGAAGACCUCGAGAUGCGAUGCUCCUUUUGUGUGCAACAUUCAUCGAUAAGGUCACGCCACGUCUAAAAGACCUCGCAAAACUCGCGUCUCCAGCUGAACAUGUUAAAAUCCCGGAUGUCUUCGAUCACAAAUGCUAUGUGGUGAGUUCUUAG